CGGGCCUGCCCUCAGGCCCCCGCGGGCUCGGCGCCGCCGCCGGGAGGCUCGCGUAGCUCCGGGACCCGCCCGCCGCGUCCCCUGGGCAACCGUCUCCAGGGAGAUCGGGCCCCGCCCCCGGCACCGACACCCGGACAAGCGGGGUCUGAGAAGUGAAAGUGCAGGAUGCCCCCUGGGCUUGACUGCCCCAUGGAAUUCUGGACCAAGGAGGAGAAUCAGAGUGUGGCCGUUGACUUCCUGUUGCCCACCGGGGUCUAUCUGAACUUCCCUGUGUCCCGGAAUGCCAACCUCAGCACCAUCAAGAAGGUGUUGUGGCACCGAGCCCAGUAUGAGCCACUCUUCCACAUGCUCAGCGACCCCGAGGCCUAUGUGUUCACCUGCGUCAACCAGACCGCAGAGCAGCAAGAACUGGAGGACGAGCAGCGGCGGCUCUGCGACAUCCAGCCCUUCCUGCCAGUGCUGCGUCUGGUGGCCCGAGAGGGGGACAGGGUGAAGAAGCUGGUCAACUCACAGAUCAGCCUCCUCAUCGGCAAAGGCCUCCAUGAGUUCGACUCCCUGCAUGACCCCGAAGUGAAUGCCUUUCGCACCAAGAUGCGCCAGUUCUGCGAGGAGGCGGCCGCCCGCCGGCAGCAGCUGGGCUGGGAGGCCUGGCUUCAGUACAGCUUCCCUCUGCAGCUGGAGCCCUCGGCCCGGAGCUGGGGGGCCGGCACCCUGCGGGGCCCCACCCGGGCCCUCCUGGUCAACGUCAAGUUUGAGGGCAGCGAGGAGAGCUUCACCUUCCAGGUGUCCACCAAGGACGUACCACUGGCGCUGAUGGCGUGUGCGCUCCGGAAGAAGGCCACCGUGUUCCGGCAGCCCCUGGUGGAGCAGCCUGAGGACUACACGCUGCAGGUGAACGGAAAGCAUGAAUACCUGUACGGCAGCUACCCCCUGUACCAGUUCCAGUACAUCUGCAGCUGCCUGCACAGCGGGCUGACCCCCCACCUGACCAUGGUGCACUCCUCGUCCAUCCUGGCCAUGCGGGACGAGCAGAGCGACCCUGCCCCCCAAGUCCAGAAACCACGCACCAAACCACCCCCCAUUCCCAUGAAGAAGCCUUCUUCUCUGUCCCUGUGGUCCCUGGAGCAGCCUUUCCGCGUGGAGCUGAUUCAGGGCAGCAAAGUGAAUGCCGAUGAGCGGAUGAAGCUUGUGGUGCAGGCUGGGCUCUUCCACGGCAACGAGACGCUGUGCAAGACGGUGUCCAGCUCGGAGGUGAGCGUGUGCUCGGAGCCCGUGUGGAAACAGCGGCUGGAGUUCGACAUCAACAUCUGCGACCUGCCUCGCAUGGCCCGUCUCUGCUUUGCACUUUACGCCGUGAUCGAGAAGGCCAAGAAGGCUCGCUCCACCAAGAAGAAGUCCAAGAAGGCGGACUGCCCCAUCGCCUGGGCCAACCUCAUGCUGUUUGACUACAAGGACCAGCUCAAGACCGGGGAAUGCUGCCUGUACAUGUGGCCGUCUGUCCCAGACGAGAAAGGGGAGCUGCUGAACCCCACGGGAACAGUGCGGAGUAACCCCAACACGGAGAGCGCUGCGGCCCUCGUCAUCUGCCUCCCUGAGGUGGCCCCCUACCCUGUGUACUACCCCACCCUGGACAAGAUUCUGGAGCUCGGGCGGCACGGGGAGCACGGGCGCUUCAGUGAGGAGGAGCAGCUGCAGCUGCGGGAAAUCCUGGAGCGGCGGGGGUCCGGGGAGCUGUAUGAGCAUGAGAAGGACCUGGUGUGGAAGAUGCGGCACGAGGUCCAGGAGCGCUUCCCCGAGGCGCUGGCCCGCCUGCUGCUGGUCACCAAGUGGAACAAGCACGAGGACGUGGCCCAGAUGCUCUACCUGCUGUGCUCCUGGCCCGAGUUGCCUGUCCUGAGCGCCCUGGAGCUGCUGGACUUCAGCUUCCCCGACCGCCACGUGGGCUCCUUCGCCAUCAAGUCUCUGCGGAAGCUGACGGACGAUGAGCUUUUCCAGUACCUGCUGCAGCUGGUGCAGGUGCUCAAGUACGAAUCCUACCUCGACUGCGAGCUGACCAAGUUCCUGCUGGACCGGGCCCUGGCCAACCGCAAGAUCGGCCACUUCCUCUUCUGGCAUCUCCGCUCCGAGAUGCAUGUGCCCUCCGUGGCUCUGCGCUUUGGCCUCAUCAUGGAAGCCUACUGCAGGGGCAGCACCCACCACAUGAAGGUGCUGAUGAAGCAGGGGGAGGCACUGAGCAAGCUGAAGGCCCUGAGUGACUUUGUCAAAGUGAGCUCCCAGAAGACCACCAAGCCCCAGACCAAGGAGCUGAUGCACCUGUGCAUGCGCCAGGAGACCUACCUGGAGGCCCUCUCCAACCUGCAGUCCCCGCUGGACCCCAGCACGCUGCUGGCUGAAGUCUGCGUGGAGCAGUGCACCUUCAUGGACUCCAAGAUGAAGCCCCUGUGGGUGAUGUACAGCAAUGAGGAGGCAGGCAGUGACGGCAGCGUGGGCAUCAUCUUUAAGAACGGGGACGACCUCCGCCAGGACAUGCUGACUCUGCAGAUGAUCCAGCUCAUGGAUGUUCUGUGGAAGCAGGAGGGACUGGACCUGAGGAUGACCCCCUAUGGCUGCCUCUCCACGGGGGACCGCACAGGCCUCAUCGAGGUGGUGCUUCACUCAGACACCAUCGCCAACAUCCAGCUCAACAAGAGCAACAUGGCGGCCACAGCGGCCUUCAACAAGGAUGCCCUGCUCAACUGGCUCAAGUCCAAGAACCCUGGGGAGGCCUUGGACCGAGCCAUCGAGGAGUUUACCCUCUCUUGCGCCGGCUACUGCGUGGCCACUUACGUGCUAGGCAUUGGUGAUCGGCACAGCGACAACAUCAUGAUCCGCGAGAAUGGGCAGCUGUUCCACAUCGAUUUUGGCCACUUUCUGGGGAAUUUCAAGACCAAGUUUGGAAUCAACCGUGAGCGAGUCCCAUUCAUCCUCACGUAUGACUUUGUGCACGUGAUCCAGCAGGGGAAAACGAGUAACAGUGAGAAAUUUGAAAGAUUCCGGGGUUACUGUGAGCGCGCCUACACCAUCCUGCGGCGUCACGGGCUGCUCUUCCUUCACCUCUUCGCCCUGAUGCGGGCCGCCGGCCUGCCGGAGCUCAGCUGCUCCAAAGACACCCAGUAUCUCAAGGACUCCCUGGCGUUGGGGAAGACAGAGGAGGAGGCUCUAAAGCACUUCCGGGUGAAGUUUAAUGAAGCCCUCCGGGAGAGCUGGAAGACCAAAGUGAACUGGCUGGCCCACAAUGUGUCCAAAGAUAACAGGCAAUAACCGCCCGCGAGCCACCCACCCGCGUCGGGAACCGGGCACCAGGCACCCUCAGCCAUCCUUUGGGGCCGAAGAGCCUGAACGGCACCCCACGGGCAAGCACCUACACACUGCCUUUUGUUUACACUGGUUAUUUAUUUGUGACUUGAAAUGUUUCAGGAGCUAAACAGCCAUAAAUGGAAAUGCAUCCUUUGUACAGGGGAGGGGCGCCGUCUUCCCGCGCCCCUGAUCCGAGCCUCAGGCUCUGAGGAGACGCUGGGAGUCGGGCACCUCCGAGGCUGCAUCUUGCUAAGGACCGUCAAGUCACCCCGAGUCUUCCAGCUGGUGAAUCAGGACCCAGCAAAGACUGCUCUCUCCCCGCCGCCGGGAAGCCUGCCUUCUUCCCGGGCUCCCGCUGGGCUGCACAGGGCUUGGCGCCUGGCGAUCACCCUGCUGACAGGGUGCCCACGACCCCGUUCCCCCCCUCCACCUUUGUGCUCUCCACUGACUGAGCGCUGGGCAGCUCCCAGGGGAAGCCAGGGUUCCCUCUAGAUUCAGGGAUGCUUGCUUUCCACUUUUAAAGUGACUCUUGGGUACGGGACUCCUCCCAUCUCUCUGCUGUAAAGCAAUUCUGUUUGCGGGUAAGAAAGAAAACAGCCAAACCACUCACUGAACCUCGAUGGCUCAGAAUGGCCUCAGCCCCAUAAAGUAUAAUAUAUGCUGGUCCUCAAGAUAUUAAAAAGAUUGGAGCUUGAUGGAGCUCAACCAUGGA